AUGGCCGCCGCUGCGAAGACGCUGAACAGCUUCUCUUCAGGCAUAGGACGUGUCUCCAAGCGGCUUAUUGCUUCGUACGUGCUCGACUGGGUACUUAUAUGGGCGACGGCGGCCGUCGGCGGCGUCUUCUCGCAGAUCCACGGGAACAAGCACCCCUUUUCGCUACAGGAUCCCAACAUCUCCUAUCCCUACCACGAUGACACCGUCACGGUUCCAGUCGCGAUCAUUGUCUCCGUUGUUGCACCGGGCGUCAUCACCGCCCUCAUCUCCCUGCUCUUCGUCCCCGGCCCGACCGCCCAUCGAUCGACCCCCAAGGCAUUGAUAUGGCGCAGAAAGCUGUGGGAAUGGAAUGCCGCAUGGAUGGGCCUGGGUGUUGCCGUUGCGGGUGCAUUCGUCAUCACCGAAGGACUGAAAGAUCUCGCGGGAAAACCUCGACCUUGUCUGCUCGCCAUGUGCGACCCGGAUUUGAGCCCUGAAGCCAUCCGCAAAUACCAAGUCGGGGGACUGGGGACAUCUCUUGACUCGGCCACGCCAAUUCUGGUCGAUUGGCGCAUCUGUCGCACCACCGACCUGAGCAAAUUGCGUGACGGAUUCGCGAGUUGGCCCUCGGGACAUUCGAGCUUCAGCUGGGCAGGCCUACUCUACCUCAGUUUGUUCAUCUGCUCCAAGUUCGCGGUUCAGAUUCCUUUCUUGUCACCAAACGCGGAGAGUGGGCGACAAGUGUCUGCGUUCGACGAAGAGGAGGAUCUUCUGGGGAAGGAGUCAAUCAAUACCUCCUCUUCGCACCAGCGGGCCUACCCUCCCCGAAACCAAGCAGCAGCUCCGCCCAUAUAUCUCCUAAUUAUUGCAUUCAUUCCCAUCGCCGCUGCCAUGUUUAUCUCGGUGUCGCGGUAUUUCGACAAUCGUCACGCUGGGAUCGACAUCCUCUCGGGCUCACUCCUCGGCAUGUUCACCGCGUGUUUAGGGUUUCGGUGGUAUCAUCUGCCCAUUCAGGGAGGGAGCGGGUGGGCGUGGGGAGCACGGAGUCGGAAUCGAGCAUUCUGGCUCGGUGUGGGCCGUGCAGGAUACGUGGGCGAUGAAGGAUGGGAGUCGGCGAACUCGACGGCGCGUCACAGCGGUCUGGGAGCUCGUCAGCACCUCACGGCGGCUGGUCUGCCUGAUCAGCAGGAUGCAACGGAAACAAUUGUGCUCAACAGAGUAUAG